AUGGUUAGAACACGAGGUCUAUGUCAUGUGUUAGGCACGGGUAGAGGCAGAGACAUUAGUCAGGAUUUGCCUGAGGCUGAUGUUCCUCGGCGUCGUAGGCCCACUGCCUUAGCACAUAGGCAACGGGUUACCCAGAGAGUCGAGGAUGUUCCUCAGUUGCCUGAAGAUGUGCCUCAUGUGUCUGAUGGUAACCCAGAGAUGACAAGCGCCGCCGAUGGUGUUGAGACAGAUCGAGUGGCUAGUGAUGGGAGCUUGGGGGCACUUGCUGAUGAUGAGGAGUUCCCCGGUGGGCCACGCGAUCCAUCUGUUUUGAUAGGAUUUGCUGAUCAUGUGGCACACAACAUAUGGAGUGGACAGGAGCGACCCGAUCUCAAGUUGGUCUCCCAUGGUAGGAAAGUAGAUAAAUUUGGGAGAUCGGCUGCUGAAAUCGAAGGUAUGAUUGCGGCCACCGGAUUGGAUCCAUUGAUCAGGUGUUCUGUAAUCACCGCUGAUCCUGGACUUAUAUCCGCCUUUGUUGAGAGGUGGCAUAGGGAGACGAGCAGUUUCCACCUCCCAGUAGGGGAGGUGACGAUCACUCUAGACGACGUUUCCUCACUCCUGCACAUUCCGAUUACUGGGGUGUUGCAUUCAUUCGAGCCGCUGGUUACAUCUGACGCAGUGGCCCUGUUGACGGAGCUACUUGAGGUCACCCCAGACGAGGGUACAACUGAGACACGUCAGGCAGUUGGGCCUCAUGUUCGGUUGUCCUGGCUUCGGGACAUGUACCAGAGUAGGUGCUGGACCAGUCAGUGGGUUGCUGCAGCUUGGACGUACCUCUUUCAUUUGGUUGGUUGCACUCUUUUCGCUAACAAGAGUGCAACUCAUGUCCAUGUUGUGCACCUGCAGGCAUUCAGGGACCUGGGCCAGGCAGGGGCAUUCUCUUGGGGAGCAGCCACUUUGGUCCACUUGUACGAUCAACUUAACGAGGCGUCGCAGGCCCCUACACGGCAGAUGGCCGACUACAUUUCACUACUUCAGUGUUGGAUCUAUGAGCACUUUCCAUCAGUCCAUCGGUGUGUCGUUGAUGAUGGUUAUGCUGAGGCUAGCCCACGUGCCUGUAGGUGGCUUACGGGUAAGGCCUAUAUGACCGGGAUUAAGGGAGCCCCUUACAGAGCACGUAUUGAUGCCCUGACAGUGAUCGACGUAUGUUGGAUGCCGUAUGCUGAGCAUCGGGGAGUUCAGGGCUAUGACUUGAUCUCCUCGUGCAUGGGGCAAGUCAGAUGGGGUCAGAUCAUUGUCUACAUUCGACCGGAGAGGGUGGUUCGGCAGAUGGGGUACAUUCAUACCGUUCCUCCGCCACGGGUUCGUGAUUCGUUGACAGGUACUGAUAUAGACGACCGAUGGUUUUUUCAAAUUUCGCACCCUUCUGUGACGCCGACGGAGGACACUACUGAGCCGAGACCUGCGCCUCCCCCUCCCACUCAUGAUGAUGACUUCGUCGAGCCACCUGUCCCCGAGGUUCUAGUCGCGUUGGAUCUCCCUACGCAUUCUGUGGUUGAUUGCAUAACAUGUGUAAGGAUUGGAAGGAUUGCUGAGCAUUUGGAGUGCGUCAUCAACUUCAGGAUGGUGACUGAAGGGACUGACUUAUAUGAUAUCAUGGAUCUUUGUUUGAGGAUAGCUAGAGAUGACGAUCCUGAUGACAGCCUUAGGUCGCGACAGAGACCCCGCAUAGAUUAG